UCUCCGACCUUCGAAGCCAUUGUAAGCUUUCGGAGAUGUUUUCGAAGUUCUUAAUAUGGUUUCUCCUAAUGAGACUUGCAGCUUCCGAAGGCGACGUCGAUUUCAUUUACAACAGAUUCAGUGCCGCUAACAUGAGCUUCGACGGCGCCGCAGAGAUCACAUCCAAUGGCCUCCUUCAGCUUACCACUUCCAAUAAACAAACGGGCCACGCCUUCUACUCUAUUCCCCUUCACUUCAAACCUUCUCACGGUAAAACUCAAUCUUUCUCCACCAAUUUUGUCUUUGCGAUGGCGCCGCACCACCCGAAUGUGAGAGGCUCCGGGACCGCCUUCCUGAUCUCACCUUUGAAAGAGUUCCCAGGAGCUGCAAUGGGCAAUUACUUGGGCAUCUUCAAUACGACGAACAUUGGCAAUUCGUCACAGCACAUAACUGCCAUUAUGCUCGAUACGGAUCUUAAUCCAGAGUUCGGUGACAUCAAUGAUAACCAUGUGGGAAUCAAUAUCAACGGCUUAACUUCCAUCAAAUCCGCUCCCGCGGCUUACUUUAGUAAUAUAAAUGGUAGGUUUAAGAAUCUAAGCCUUGUAAGCGGAGAACCAAUGCAUGUUUGGGUAGAUUACAGUGGUGCCCAAUGCCAACUUAAUGUAACAUUAUCUCCUAUCGACAUAUCUAAACCCAAUCGUCCACUCUUGUCAACGAUGGUAGAUCUUUCAUCCAUCGUAUUAGACAACAUGUAUGUUGGUUUCGCUUCGUCAUCCCAAGAUGUAAGUAGUUACAUCUUGGGAUGGAGCUUUAAGAUGAACGGUCGGGCUCAGGUCCUUGAUCCCUUGAGCCUCCCUAAGCUUCUAGGGAUCGAACCCAAAAAGAAAUCGAAGCGUUUAACAAUUGGGUUACCCGUAAUUGUGCUAUUUUUCCUGUUAACGGCCAUAUUGGCCAUCGGUCUCAUUGUGAGAAGGAAGAUCGAGUUGGCUGAAGUACUAGAGGACUGGGAGCACGAAUAUGGGCCUCACCGGUUCUCGUACAAGGAUCUAUUAAAGGCCACAAAGGGCUUCACAGAAAGAGAGCUAUUGGGGGUCGGAGGUUUCGGCAGGGUUUAUCGAGGCAUGCUAUCGGCCUCGAAGAUGGAAGUGGCUGUGAAAAAAGUCUCUCAUGAAUCUCGACAAGGGAUGCGGGAAUUCAUAUCCGAGAUUAUAAGCCUGGGCCGCCUCCGUCACCGGAACUUGGUCCAGCUUCUUGGCUAUUGCCGGCGAAAGAGUGAGCUCCUAUUGGUCUAUGAUUUCAUGCCCAAUGGAAGUCUGGACAAGUUCCUCUUUGACCAUCCAAAUUCAAUGCUGACCUGGCAUCAACGGUUUGGGAUAAUCAAAGGAGUAGCUUCAGGGCUUCUCUACUUGCAUCAGGAAUGGGAGCAGGUGGUCCUUCACAGAGACAUCAAAGCCAGCAAUGUUCUAUUAGAUAGCGAGAUGAACGGUAGAUUAAGCGAUUUCGGCCUUGCCAGAUUGUGCGAUCAUGGGACCAAUCCACAGACGACCCGCAUGGUGGGGACCUUCGGAUAUCUUGCACCGGAGCUGGCUAGGACCGGGAAGCCCACCACAUGCACUGAUGUGUUCGCAUUCGGAGCUUUCAUGCUUGAGGUUGCUUGCGGGAGGAGGCCCAUCGAUCCCCGAUUGUCGUCAGAUGAGGUGAUCUUGGUUGAAUGGGUGUCGGAAUGCUGGAGGAGAGGGACAAUUCUGGCAGCCGCGGAUUCAAAGCUGGGACAUGACUAUGAGGUGGAGGAGAUGGAGUUGGUGCUGAAGCUUGGAUUGCUAAGUUCACAUCCGCUGUCGGCUGCAAGGCCGAGCAUGCGGCAGGUGAUGCAGUUUUUGGACCGCGAUGCAACUUUACCUGAGCUCUCAUCGGACGGUCUGGGUGCGGCGAUCCUUGCAGUGGGCUAUGAAGGGUCCGAUGAUCUACGCUUGUCAUAUCUUCCUUUUUCGGAACAGGGGUUUGCAAGCACAACAUCGAUCCAAGAAUCGGUCCUCUCUGGUGGCCGUUGAUAGACGAUGGUAAGGAGUUACAUGAUGGAACCGGUAGCAUGGCUCGAAGACGUUGA